GGGGGGGUGUUGUUCUGCAAGCCACUCCUGUCAGAAAGGAUUUACGACUUGGAAAAAGAAAAGGGGAAGAGAGCGAGGGAGAGAGAGAGAGAGACGGAGGAAAAAACUGACUUGGAUAUUUCGCAAGAGAGCAGGGAGUUUUGUCUCCUCUCUCUCUCUCUUUGCAAAGUCUGGGGAGGGUGGGCAUCUCAGCUCAAGGCGAGAGUGGCACAGCAAGCACCAAUCUGAAUUCUCUCUGCGUGGUCCUCUUAACAUGACUGCGCCCAGACUUCCCUUCUGUCUCUGCGGCGGCGUCAAGGUUCUGGGUUUAAGGUAGCUGCGCUCGCAGGAGUUGCUAUGAGUUCCAGAGCCCUGCUCUUCCUUCUCUGGCUUCAUGUUGCGCUGGGACAAACCCUCCUUCAAAGAGGUGAGUGAGUGGCUGGCUACGGAGACAGUCUGUUUUCCUCCAGCUCUGAGUUUUGCUGCUUCUUGCCUCUGUGUGUCUUUACUUCUUUAUCUUGGUUUUUUUUAAAGAAAAAGGUGCGUUGGGUGUCCUCCAAAGUCAAUAUUUCCUGGAGUUGCUUUCGCACACACCUGAGCUUUCUCUCCUAGGAAAUGCCAAGGGAAAGAAAGGAUGCAUAACUUCUAUUAUUUAUUUGUAUAUUGAAUUUAUAUACAGUACCCCCUUUUACUCCAAGGAGACCAAAGUGGCAUGCAUGGUUCUUCCCCCUCCUCUUAUUUUAUUUUAUUUUUCAAUUUUUUAUACUUUUCAAGUUUAUACAUUUCACUAAUUUUUCAAUCAUUUUAACAUUUCAGAACUUGACUUCCUUCCCCCUCUUUGUGCGGUUCCUUAAAUUUAUUUUUAAUAUCCUCUGCAUAUCCAAAUUAACUCAAUUUGCUCAUUUAUUCUUCUACUUUAAAUAUAUACUCUUAUAAAACUGCAGGUUAUUACAACAUGGCAGGAUUAUUUCCCCCUCCUCAUUCAGUCCCCGCAACAACCCUGUGAGGGAGUUUCGGCUGAGAGGCAGUGACUGGCUUCCAGUGAGCUUCAGGUCUGAGUGGGUAUUCGAACCCUGAUCUCCCAGGUCCUGGGAAUUGUAGUUCACCUCUAACAGAACUGCAAUUCCCAGCACCCUUAACAAACUACAGUUCCCAGAAUUCUUUGGGGGGAGCCAUUAACUUUCAAUGUGCUGUACAGUGGUACCUCGAGUUACAUACGCUUCAGGUUACAUACACUUCAGGUUACGGACUCCGCCAACCCGGAAAUAGUGCUUCAGGUUAAGAACUUUGCUUCAGGAUGAGAACAGAAAUUGUGCUCAUGUGGCGCGGUGGCAGCGGGAGGCCCCAUUAGCUAAAGUGGUGCUUCAGGUUAAGAACAGUUUCAGGUUAAGUACAGACCUCUGGAACGAAUUAAGUAUUUAACCCGAGGUACCACUGUAUUUGUUUAUUUCUUUUAUAUCCCAUCUUUUUCUCCAAGGAGCUCAAAGUGGCAUAUGUAGUUCUCCCCCUCCUCAUUUGUCCCCCACAACAACCCUGUGAGGUCGGCUGGGCUGAGAGUCUGUGAUUGGCUUCCAAGAUUACACGCAGUGAGCUUCAUGGCCUAGUGGGGGGAUUUGAACCCUGGUCUCCCAGGUCCUAGUCUGACCCUCUAACCAAUGCACCACACUGCCUCUUCUUGAGACAGCCUCUUCUUAUUUUCCUAACACACACCCCCUCUCACUGCACCUAUGCUCACAGUUAGGAGUGUAACGCUCUCAGAGAAACCAAGAUGAAAAGAUGCUGUCCGUUAUUUACGUAGCGCCGGCCACAUGCGCAACAUCGCAGAGAGUCACGCAGGCAAACAAACAAACAAUAAAUCUCUGCCCCAGUGAACUUACAGUCUCUGCUUCCUUGGUUCCCACCACCAGCGGAAUGCAGGCCAAUGCAGUGACGUGUAUUUUACAACUUUGUUUCGGUGGGUGAGCAUUAAGAGGGUUGCGUCUCGAUGGGAGACUCAAGGAUGCUUCCAGAGACUUGUUGCUAUUUUGCAGGUGUGAUUUCAUCAUGUCUCGGGAAAUUUAGGCUGUGCCAUGAAAGUUGCUUUGGUAUUUCCCCACCAAAACUGAUUUUUUUAUUUUUUGCAAUAAGGAAAGUGAUGGGGAGGUGUGCGUUAAGGUUUCUCAAGGCAACACUGUUGAACCCCUCUGCAAACAUAUCUAGAAUGAAUGUUUGGUAAAUCGCCGGUGGAAUCUGACCGGCAAGUUUUGUGCAAGUGAAUUGGGCUGAAUUCUCAGUCAACAGGUCGUUCUGAAGCACUAAGGUGCUUUUUAAUAGGCUAAUAAGGCAGUUUCUGAACAUUUGGCAAAGUCCCUUUCAGUUAGUCCAAGCCAAACAGUUUGCUGCCGGAAGAUAAGUCCCAUCUACUGUGGAAUUUGACAUGGCCACAUGUUGUUUUGUGGGUAAACCACCGACAGCACCACAGCUACUGGUAAACAAGACAUCCCUGCUCGGAGGGUUCCUGCUAGGAAUUAUAGCCAGUGUGGUGUAGAGGUUAGACUGCUGGAAUAGGACCUGGGAGACCAGGGAUCGAUUCCCCACUCAGCUGGGAAGGUUGGGCCAGUCACUAUCUCUCAGCCUAGUCUACCCCACAGGGCUGUUGUGAGGAUAAAAUGGGGGGGAGGGAGAACCCCAGACACUGCUUUGCACUCAUUGGAGGAACGAUGAGCUAUAGAUAUAUUGAAUCAAAAUAAAUUAGGAGACAUCGAGAAUCAUAGAAUUGUAAAGUUGGAAGGGACCCCAAGGUUCACCUAAUCCAACCCCCCAACCCCCUGCGAUGCACGACUGCUUGAACACGGAAAGAGAAUAAUAUCAAUAAUAAUAAAUGUUGUUAAUAAUAAAUAUAAAUCAUAAUAAUGGGUUACAGCCGAUGCUAGUCCUGCUGGGAGUAGACUACAGUGGUACCUCGGGUUACAUAUGCUUCAGGUUACAUACGCUUCAGAUUACACACUCUGCUAACCUAGAAAUAGUGCUUCAGGUUAAGAACUUUGCUUCAGGAUAAGAACAGAAAUCGGGCUCCAGCGGCACGGCGGCAGCAGGAGGCCCCAUUAGCUAAAGUGGUGCUUCAGGUUAAGAACAGUUUCAGGUUAAGAACAGACCUCCGGAACGAAUUAAGGACUUAACCCCAGGUACCACUGUAAUUGAAAUUAAGGAACCUUCGUUAGUAAGGACUAUUGAUUUCUAUGUGACUGAAGCUGAUCUCAAACUGACCUCAAACUGAUUUUAAAUAGUAUGGGUUGUAUUCUGGUCCUAGUCAGAGUAAACCCAUUGGAAUUAAUAGCCAUGACUCACUUAAGUCUGUUGAUUUCAGAGGGGUUUGUUCAGACAUUGGAUACAACCCAUGUAAGAAUAAUGUAAUCAUGUAAUAAAAAUAAAACAGAAGGAGACUUUGCAGGUGGUGGUGGGAAUUGAGAACAACUCGUUGAAUGUGUAAAGUUGAACAAGAGAAGUUCUUGCUAACUCUCACCAUUUAGAGAGGGCUUUUUAAUUUGGCAUUCUAUGCAUUUUGUUCUCAGUGCUUAUCAAAGACUUUGAGGCUACUCAGUGCUAUUUUUCUGGAAAAAGAGGUGCUGGAACUUAUCAGGAACACCUCCCUUGCUCUUUUAGAAUGGCAAUGGCACCCACCUGAGAGGUGCUGGAACUGAGUUCCUGUGAGUUCCGGCUGACAAAAAGCCCUGGGGCCGCCACCCCCUUGGUGCCAGAAAGUCAUCCUCACUGGCCCCUACUCUAUAAAAAGCAUUAUUCAGAUUCACAGUUUGGACAACCUGCUGAAGAAGAUAACAGCACAAUAAAAUUCAAAAUAGUCACAGUUAAUUGUUCACUUAUUCAGAAUCCAAUUAAAACUAUUUAGCUUAAUGAAUUCAGCCAAACUGAGGGACUUGAUCCAGUGAUACAUGCUUUCCAAAGUCUGAUAGUCGUUUACACCUCCAAUGCCCCCCUGCCACCCACUUGCCUCUUAGCUGCCCCCUAAAUAACCCCACUGCCCCCCCAGCAGGUAGUACUGCCCCCUUUGGGAAACAUUCCCCCCCCCCAAUUUUUUUUUAUUCAUUUUAUAACACAACUAAACAAACAGAAAAAAACAGUACAAACAAAUUCUUGUCUUAUCCUUAUUUAUUCUAAACAUUGUUAGGUGGGCUUCCCCAAGUCCCCCCUAUCUGAUUUUCAUUAUCUCAUCUUUAGUAGUUUACAUAUAUCAUAAUUUUUAACCAUUUUUUUUAUCACACUUACUUUUACCAUAAAAUCUUCACAUUUUAUCACUUACAAAUAAUACUGUUUUAAAAUACACUAUCUUCUACUUCUAACCCUACAGCCUAUAUCCACUUCCAAAUCUAUUCUAAGAUUUAAAUAUUAACAUAUUAUUUCAAAUAUUCUUUAAACUUCUUCCAAUCUUCUUCCAUCGUCUCUUCUCUCUGGUCUCAGAGUCUCCCGGUCAGUUUGGCAAGUUCCAUCAUCUUCAUCUGCCAUUCUUCGAUAGUUGGUAAAUCUUGUUUCUUCCAAUUCUUUGCUAGUAAUAUUCUCGCAGCUGUUGUGGCAUACAGAAAAAAGUAACAUCCUUUUGGGAGAUUUCACACACCCCACUUCUUGAUAAAUAAACAUGUGGUCAUUUAACUGGAGAUAGCAAUGAAUGGAUUGACCUUGGGGCCUUCCUUUUCCAAAUCAUGGGCUCUAUCACUCAGCAAAAUCCUUCAAAUGGGUCUGAAAGGUCCUCAGAUUUAUCAGGGACUGACCUGGAGAUUGUGACCCUGAUACAAGGCAGGUCAGUUUUGCACACAGAGCAACACUGGUUCUAAUAUGCAGCCAGACCCUUUUUGUUCAGUGGGGAAAUGCAACUUAUUUUGCAACCGGUGAUGUGAAUCACAAGGAACUCGGUUGUGUACCUAAAGCAGACUUUGCCAAUCUGGUGCGUUCCAGAUAUUGAGGAGUACAGUUCCCGAAAGGUUUUUCUGUUCUCCUGCAAAUCUCGGGGGCUCCUCCUGUUAGCAACACCACUUAAAUAACCCAGACAGUGCCCAGAGAGAAAAGAAAUCCUGAAAACGCUUUACUGAGGAAGCUGAACAAAAACAAUAUAUACCGUACUGUGAGGGGAAAGGAACAAAAAAAGGGUUUGCAUUUCUUAGCUCAGGCCUCGUCCGUAGCUGGGAGACAUUCAGAGGAAGGUAGCAGUGCAAUUAUUCUCCAUUCAAGCAAUGUGUACAGAAAAGUAUAUAUUAGGGGAAAGUGUGCAUAUAAGUUAGGGAAAAUAGUGAGGGGGGAAUGGGCAUAUUUUUCAAAACUGCAUACAAAAGUGUGUUUAUCUGGAGAAAAUUGCAGUAAAAUUCUUAAGAAUUGCAGUCGUCAUCAUUUUAUUAUGUAUACCCGGCUUUUCCUUAACAUGAAGCUUCACUUCACAGAUGAGGAACCUUUCUUAGACUGAGGGCCACAUUUCCUUCUGGGUAACCUUCCAAGGGCCACAUGCUGGCAGUGGGUGGGGCCAGAGGCAGAAACGGGCGGAGCAACGACUGUGAAAUUCUUACCUCUGAACACUCCUCUCUCUCUGUCCAAGCAAGAGUUCAAGGGCCCAUUCCAGCCGGGCAAAAACCUUCAAGGAGGGUCCGGGGCAAGGCGAGAGGUGUGGCCUGAAGAGUGUGGCCAAGGAGGGGGUGUGGCCUGGGGAAGAGUCCUGAGGGCCAGCUAGAGAGGUCUGGAGGGUGUCAUCUGGGAGCUAGGCCUGAGUUGCAAGGAAAGGCCAACAGAGAAUGAGCAGAGAGUUAGGGUUGAAUCCUGACAAGAGAGAAGUACUGUUUUGGGGGGACAGGGGGUAGGCAGGUGUGGGGGAUUCCCUGGUCCUGAAUGGAGUAACUGUUUCCCUGAAGGACCAGGUGCGCAGCCUGGGAGUCAUCUUGGACUCACAGCUGUCCAUGGAGGCGCAGGUCAAAUCUGUGUCCAGGGCAGCUGUCUACCAGCUCUUUCUGGCACGCUGGCUGAGACCCUACCUGCCCGUGGACUGUCUCGCCAGAGUGGUGCAUGCUCUGGUUAUCUCCCGCUUGAACUACUGCAAUGCGCUCUAUGUGGGGCUACCUUUGAAGGUGACUUGGAAACUGCAACUAAUCCAGAAUGCGGCAGCUAGACUGGUGACUGGGAGUGGCUACUAAGACCAUAUAACACUGGUUUUGAAAGACCUACAUUGGCUCCCAGUACGUUUCCGACCACAAUUCAAAGUGUUGGUACUGACCUUUAAAGCCCUAAACGGCCUUGGCCCAGUAUACCUGAAGGAGCGUCUCCACCCCCAUCGUUCUGCCCGGACACUGACGUCCAGCGCCGAGGGCCUUCUGGUGGUUCCCUUACUGCAAGAAGUGACAUUACAGGGAACCAGGCAGAGGGCCUUCUUGGUUGUGACGCCCACCCUGUGGAACGCCCUCCCAUCAGAUGUCAAGGAAGUAAACAACUAUCUGACUUUUAGAAGACAUCUGAAGGCAGCCCUGUUUAGGGAAGCUUUUAAUGUUUGAUGUUUUAUUGUGUUUUUAAGAUUCUGUUGGGUGCUGCCCAGAGUGGCUGGGGAGACCUAGCCGGAUGGGUGCGGUAGAAAUAAUAUAUUAUUAUUAUUAUUAUUAUUAGCCUCAUAAACUGAGCUGCUUCUGUGCUUGUUUUCUGACACCCAAGAGGGGAUGGAGCACACAGCUCUGGCGCUGUGCCGGGAUUCCUCCCGCCUCUGGCUGCCCACAUUGCUGUUGCAUUGUUGAUCGCCCUCUGCCACCCAUUUGCCUGCUAUUAUGGAAACACAGAGCACUGGGCUGAUGCAGCUGUGUUUUGCAACAGAAACCCUUAGCCGGGCAGCAGAAGUACAUUACACAUACAGAGAGAGGGAGAGAGACAAAACUGAGUUGCUGCACCAAAACUCUAAGGGCUAAACAAGACUUCUGUAGCAGCAGCUACAAAAUUACUCAGCGUGGCACUUAUGUGAGUGGAAUUGACUGCAGGGUUUUUUGUUAUGUAAACUUCAGCUGCUGGGGAAGCCUGAGCACCCUCAGGACUAUAGGGGUGGGGGGAUGAAGAGGGUUGAAUUUAACUCUUCCUUUCCUUUACAUGGUCACAACAAAUAUUGCCUCUCCUCUUGUCUGCACUUCUUCCCACAUGCUUGAAAGGCAGGCAGCAGGUCAUGGAGACAGUUGAUAUUGUGUCUCCCUGGCAGGUAGAGAGAUCUGCUCAGAUUUCCUCAGGACUAUUUCUGUGGCAUGGUGGUUUAUAGCGCUGGACUAAGUCCUGGGUUCAAAUCCCCCGUCUAGCUGGAUGACCUCAGGCCAGUCGCUAUCUCUCAGCCUAAACUACCUCACAGGGUUGUUGUGAGGAUAAAAUGGGGGAGUGGUGGGAACCAUGUACACCACCCUUGAGCUGCUUGGACGAAAGGCAGGGUGAAAAUGUAAUAAUAAAAAUAAUAAUUAAAAAGAUUACAGGAAAAAGCAACACAUUCCUUCAGCUAAUGUUGUGUCUGGAUGUCAGCUAGAGAAGCCACCCGCCUAAGGUCCACUUUUAAAGUGGUAUCAUACCACUAUGAAAAGUCAUGGCUUCCCCCCCAAAGAAUCCUGGGAACUGUAGUUUGUUAAGGAUGCUGAGAGUUCUUAGAGCUACAAUUCCCAGAGUGGCUUAGCAAUCAAUCCCUCUGAGAAUUGCAGUAGUGUGAGAGGAUUGGUGGGGGGAGGGGUAUCCUGACCAGCAGAAAUGAGAAAACAACGGAUGAGUACAGCCCUCCGUGUCUAAUUGAGCUUCGAUGGGUGCCUGGAUGUCUGCAGCUUGUCUUUCCCCGGGCACUGGCAACCCACGCUAUGUCACUGAACAAAAGUCCUGCUGGAUCAGAGCAAGUCUCCAUUUCCUCCCAGUGUCCUGUUUCCCACAGUGGCUUCCACGAAAGAGGCCACGAAGGCAGCCACCCUCUCCUGCUGUUGUUCUCCAGCAAUGGGUAUUCAGAGAUAGGCUGCCUUUGAACAUGCAGGAUCUAUUUAGCCAUAUCUGGCUCACAGCCAGAGGUGCACUUUUCAUCCUCUUUGCUUUCCUCUGCUUGAUCUCGGCCGCUUUUGCCACGCAUCGCAGCAGGGAGGCCCACAAGUAGAUAAAUUAUUGUUCCAUCCGCCUCGCUCUUUCAGAUCAGCUGGCAGCAUCAGAUCAGAUCUGGCUCUGCUCUGAGAUAGUUGUCAGCAUCAAGCAUCAUUAGAACAGACCCAGCUGCUUCUGUUUGGGGGGCUUUUUGGAAAACCCGACCGUUCCUUCUGGCAAGGCUGAACUCCAGGACUGGGAUCGUAAAGCACAGCUCCAAAAAGCACCAAGAGCCAAUUGGCUCCAGGCGCACUUCGCAGAGCAAGAGACCGCUUUGCCCCCUCUCUAUAUUAUUAUGGGGAAUGUGACGGUUUAAUUGGCAGCCAGCAUCCUGGAAUCAUAAAGCUGGGAGAUGGAAAGCCAAGACAUUAAUGAAGUGGGCUUUUCAUCCUCCAGAAUAUCCCCAAAUUAGGCCCGUAUAGCAGCUUCUAGUCAGCAAGUCUGGGCUUCCAACCCUAUAAAAAAGAAAGGAAAAGGAAACUCUCCCUACUGGAGCCACAGAACAGCUCAUCUCCCCCAACUGGGGUCUGUUUUGCUUACAGCAUGUUUAUAUGGACAGAUGUACCACUGCACCAGCUGCAGUGCAUCUGCUUUGCAUGCAGAAGGGCGCGGGUUCAAUCCCUGCCAUCUCCAGGUAGGGACUAGGAAUGGUCCCCUCUCUCAACGUCCAAAGAGCUCCUGCCUGUCCGUGUCGACAAUACUGAGCUAUCUGUGUGACGUUGGCUACGACUUGCCGUGUUAACCCACAGACACCUUCGUUCAGUAGAUGAAUCAAUUAACCCACUAAGCCUUGCAGAAUUGGUCAAACGAUCUUUCAUCCGUCCUGGUUUUUAAAGCAUGUCAUUGUAUUGAUCAGGGAAGUGAUGGAGGUUUGAGGUAGCUUUGGAUACGACAGAACAGGAGCGGGCCACCUUUUUAUAGGCAGGGGGCCGCAUUCCCUUCCAGACAACCUUCCAGGGGCCAUUCACCGCUGGUGGGCAGGGCCAGAGGAACAAGUGGGUGGGACAGUAAAUGUCAAUGAAGGCUGGUUUCUACGCACCCCUCUUUCUAUCCUUGCAAGCAAUCAAGAGACAUUCGUAGAGUUUAAGGACAUGUCCCAAGCCCUCAAGCGGGGAAGCAAGGCAGUACCGUAAGCGGUGUGCCACGGGGAGAGUCCUGAGGGCCAGACAGAAAGCCCUGGAGGGCCAAACGUGGCCUGAGGUUCCUCUUCCCUCUGACAGAACACAAGUUUGAAUUGUGUUCAAGUUGCCGCUUCAAACAGACUCUGCCUUCCAGCAGGCAGAGGUGGCUGCGAUAGCCCAAGGCAAGGAAGAAACAGCACCUUCUGAGGUUCCACGAUGGGAUAUCAGGCAGUUUGUUUUCUGUUCUUCCUCAUCCUACUAUCCCUGCUGCUCCCUACGGUGCUUUGUCAUGUAGCUGGUAUGCCUUCUUCCCCAUCCUUUGAUGAUUAAGAGACCCAACCUGGAAAGAGGUUAAUUAAACAGCUAGGUGGAGCAGCUUCCAUUGCCUGAGGAGGGUGUGCCAUUAACCGGGGUGGGGUGAGGAACGGCAUUGCAGUGAUACCAAGACAGCAGUGUUUUUGGGUCGAGUAUUAGGAAGAACUUUCUGGUGGUGAAAGCUGCUCAACAGUGGAGCAGAUUCCUUUGGACGCUGGUGAACGCUCCUCUAUUGGAGCUAUUUUAACAGAGGUUGUAGGGCCACCUGUCAGCGAUUCUUUGACUGCGAUUCCUGCAUCGCAGGGGGUUGGACUAGAUGACCCUUGGUGUCUCUUCCAACUCUAUGAUUCUGUGAUUCUGUGAAUGGGCUUUUCUUUAUUCCAACUGCAAGCUCUUCACCUAGAGCAGUCUUUGUGAUCCUGGCAGCUUCCAGAUGAUUUGGGACCUCAAUGCUCAUUACAGUGGUACCUCGGGUAAAGAACUUAAUUCGUUCCGGAAGUCCGUUCUUAACCUGAAACAGUUCUUAACCUGAAGCACCACUUUAGCUAGUGGGGCCUCCCGCUGCUGCCACGCCAACAGAGCACAAUUUCUGUUCUCAUCCUGAAGCAAAGUUCUUAACCCGAGGUACUAUUUCUGGGUUAGCGCAGUCUGUAACCUGAAGCAUAUGUAACCCGAGGUACCACUGUAGACCCCCAGGUUCCUCUGUAGAUUAGAGCUGCAGAACUUGAAGAGAAUCUCUUUGGAGGAGAAUUUGCUCUAGCUGGUUUCGCCUGCAUUCAGCAAGUCUGCUCUGGGUAGGGCUAGCAUUCAUUGGACACAAACCACUGCCUCCAACAUUGCUUGGAUCCUGCUUGGUUGGGGCUUGGUUGGAGACUAUGUGGGGCUGCCCUUGAGACUGACCCAGAAACUCCAGCGGGUGCAGAAUGCUGCGGCGAGACUCCUUACAGGGUCCUUGCUGUGGGAUCGCAUUCACCCAGUGCUAUACCAGCUGCACUGGUUCCCGGUGGAGUACAGGAUCAGGUUUAAGGUGCUGGUUUUAACAUUUAAAACCCUCUACGGCCUAGGACCCUCAUACCUACGGGACCGCCUCUCCUGGUAUGUCCCACGGAGGACCUUACGGUCUUCAAAUAAAAACAUCUUGCAGAUCCCGGGCCACAGGGAGGUUAGGCUGGCCUCAACCAGAGCCAGGGCUUUUUUGGCCGUGGCCCCAAUCUGGUGGAACGCUCUGUCACAAGAGACUAGGGCCCUGUAGGACUUGACAUCUUUCCGCAGGGCCUGGAAGACAGAGCUGUUCCACCAGGCCUUUGACCAAGGCACAGUCUGACCCCCUCCUUCGGUAAUCCUCACAGAACUCUAGCCCAAUGGUUGCCAUUAAUUUGAUUUUAGAAUGAGUUGAUUUUAGAAUGCAUUUCAAUUAAUUGAUUGUGAUUUUAUGUAAAUUAUGUUACUUUUAUUGUUGUUAGCCGCUCUGAGCCCGGCUUCAGCUGGGGAGGGCGGGAUAUAAAUAAAUUAUCAUCAUCAUCAUUAUUAUUUGGUUGGCCACUGUGAGAACAGGAUGCAUGGCUUGAUCCAGCAGGGCUCGUCAUAUGUUCUUAUGAAACUGGAAAGAGAGCAAAGCCAUUGCUGGUCUCUUAAGUAGAACAGAUGAACAGGGCCUGCUUCCCUAUAUUUCCUCUGCUGCCAAGCUUGAUGGAAUAGCUGCUGGUAUGGCCACAUUCUAAACAUGCAAAGGAUUGCAAAUUUAAACCAGCACUUUAAAUUUUGCUGGCAAACUGAUAGCUAGCAAAUGCAGAUCUUGUAAGACCAGGGCAAUGCGAUUUGAUCUUUGGACCUCAUGUAACAACGUGCUGGCUGCAUUCUUGACCAAGUUGACAUUUCCAGGCUACUUUUCAAGGCAGCCCCACAAGAAAGCAGAGAGAUCUUAUCUUUGAAAGGUCAGUCACACAGUCUGAAGAAAGAUCUGGGCAGGCAGGGAAUGCAGGCAGGUUGCAAAUUGGGUCAAACUUUCAGCAAUGGGUGGUGCAGGGGAAUGGAAUUUUGGGCUCAGGGAAUGGAGGCACCCCCUGGUCUCUAUUUCCUGAUCUUGGGACUCCCCACAAGCGAUGCUCCUCGCCAGUCUCCUCAGGUGCUUUCCACCUGGCUGGAAUGUCUUUUGAACCACAAAGAUGUCCCUUGCUUGCUAGUACAACGGAUGGAAUAAUGUUUGUGUGCGCAAGAAGUAGUGUAGCAACUUCUGACUUAAGCAUGGUCUACCAUACAAGGCAAGGGCGGAGAAUAAAUUCAGUUCCGUUCACACUGAAAACUGAAUCUCUCAAAUUCACACUUUCCGGAAUAAUAUAUGCACAGCCCUCCUUCGAAAUUUUCACUCAUCUGAAUUUUGUGACCAAAUUCUCCAACCGAACGAUGUUUCUAAAGGUGCAUCUAUCAAGGGAAGGCGUGCAGAAUUAUGAAGAUAUUAGUGAAAAUAACUGAGAGAAGUGAAUUCUGUCAGGGGGAAUUGCUUGCAAAAAGGUGUACGUGAAUCAAAGCCACCUCUAAAAAUGUGUUCAUUGGGCAUAAUCUGCAAGAAAAUUGCUGUAGGAAUAAGGAGAACUGAAUUUAAGAUUGGAAGAAAAUGAGAAAGUGGGAGAACUGAAGCCAAAAGAUCCUUCCAUCCCUUGUACAAAAAAAAAAGUUGCAUUUGUAGUUGCUCCACCCACUUUUGCCUCAGGCCCCUCCCACCAUGGACGUGUGACACAACAGUGGACGGUGUCCCAAGAGGGUCACCCCCUGCUUCCACUUGUGAAAGGUUGAAGGGUAUAUUGCAUUUCUCUUGCCCCCUUUCUUCAGGUGCAUUUUUCCCUCUCAUAGUUUCUCCAUCAAAUGUAAUUUAAGGUCCCCGAGAGAGUCUGAGGUUUUCUUUACAGCUGCAUACGACCAACCAUCCAUUUCACAACUGUGGUCAGUUUCCUUCAUCUUCCUCCUCCCAGCACACACAUUCUUGGUGUGGUAAACCUGAGUCAGUUGCAACGCCAGCGCUGAAACAAUAUCCCUGUUUUCCUUCUCUCCAUCUCCUAGUGAGGGGUGAAUCUAUCCGUGUGUGUGUGUGUGUGUGUGUGUGUGUUUUUCUCGGCUUUUCGUUCUUCCAGUUGUAAGUUCCAUUUUGCACACCAGCUUGCAAUUUUUCUGAAAAGUCCUCAUAAAAAUGCGGUAGCAUUUGAGUGUGAAUUUCUCCCGAUAUGCAGAAGAAGCUGCCUUAUACUGAGCCAGACCAUUGGAUCCAUUUGGUUCAGUAUUAUCUACACCAGGGUUUCCUCAACUUGGAUCUCCAGCUGCUUUUGAACUACAAUUCCCAUAAUCCCUGAUGACUGGUCCUGCUAGCUAGGGAUGAUGGGAGUAUUAGUCCAAAAACAGCAGGAGAUUCCCAGGGUUUGGGAAACCCUGAUCUACACUGACCAGUAGCAACUGUCCAGGGUUUCAGACAGGCGUCAUUCCUGGUUCUAGCUGGAGAUACUGUGACUUGAACCCGGCACCCUCUGCAUGCUGAGCAGAUGCUCAAACACUGAGCAUCUACCCCCAAAUUCUUCUGUGCAGUUUCUUCUAACAGGCUCAUUUUUGCAAUCUAUUUUUUUCUAGUAUAGACGUCUCCCUACACACUUUACCCUAGUAUAUGCAUUUCUGUACAUAUUACAGUGGUACCUUGGUUUAAGAACAGCCCUGUUAACGAACUAUUCAGUUUACGAACUCUGCAAAACCAGAAGUAGUGUCCCGGUUUGCGAACUUUACCUCAGACUAAGAAUGGAAUCCAAACGGUGGAAGGGCACCGGUGGCAGGAGACCUCAUUAGGGAAAGCACGCCUCGGUUUAAGAAUGGUUUCGGUUUAAGAACGGACUUCCGGAACGGAUUAAGUUCAUAAACCAAGGUACCACUGUAUUUCUAUUUCUCCUUAGAAAACUCAAGCAAAAUCUAAGAGAAUCCUCUUUUGACUCUGGUAUUUUGACUCUCACAGUUGGCAUGCAAUGUUCGAAAUUCGCCAGACUCCAGGCGCAUUUUGAGCCUGGCUAUUGGCCACUUGCAACCCCAGGAUGCAGUCUGAUGUCUUCACCAUCUCAAGACGUAUGCCUGGGGGUCCUUGUAUCUUGACUGUUUUCACACACUAACAACACAUCCUAUAGUAUUCUCCCCAUGAUAUUUUAUCUGCACACUCAGAACGGAUUUCAGGAACCCAAAAGUCAUAUUGAAAAAAUACGACUCUCAAGCUGUCUGGCUCCAAAAUGGCAACUAGAUAUUAUUCCAGUUUGGCGACUGUAACCCUAGUUUAAGGAGCCGUUUGGUGCUUAGCUUAUAUAUCUGAGUUUCUCACACUGUUGACAUGUGGUCCCCAACAGAAAACAAAGUUGCCCACCCAUAAUCUAAAGCAGCAUUUCCAAAAUAUUCCCUGGGUGGAGUGAAAGGGUUUCAACUGGCAGAAGGUGGAAUAAUGUAUUUAUUUGUGUUUUUAAGCUGCAGAAAACAAUUCACAGUAUUAUUAGAACUACCCCCAAAUGUUGGUGACACUACCCCUUCUCAGGCAAAUAUAAUUUGGGGGUAGGUUUUCCCAUAUCCCGCAGCAAACCCCGCUUACAACUGGAGCAAUUUGACUUUAGCUUCUUCUCUCCUGUUGACACACAGGCUGAGGGAACAUAUUCCCAGCUCGGGACAGUCCGUGGCCCAGCAAAUUUCUUGCCUCCGGUAGAGUAUGUGAGAGGAUAUAUGCCAGGAAGUUUAUGGCUGGAGACUUAAAUUGCCUUUCAUCGCUUCUAGGCACGAUUGUCUAGCACAGAGGAGGAAAGGGAUUAGUAAAAGCAAGGCACCUGUGGACACGACUUCCUUCAGACUCUGUCUGUUAUUCAUUGACAAGGCCUCACUGUUGGCUAAGUCAUGAGAGCUAUAUUGUUCUGCAUGGUUCUCCACGAGGCUAUACCAGAUCCAUUUCCUUGUGAGAAGACACGUGCUGGAUAUGUGUGUCCCUUUUUUCAUAAUACUAUUUUUAUUUUGAAUAAUAGAUAUUUAUCAGAGGUGGGAAACUUCAGUCCUGUGGGGCCAAAAGUGGCCCUUCCAAGUCCCUCGAUCAGGCCCUCAGAACUCUCCCCAGGUCACACCCAAAUCCCAUUUUGUGCCCUCUCUCAAGUUUUUUUCCACCUGCCUGGUGAACUCUAGUCAUGUCUCUAUCCUCCUGGAUAGAGGAUAGAGAGGGGUGAGUGAGUAUGGCUGAAGAAACCAGCCUAGAGGGCAAAGGUAAAAUUUGCAUUCAUUGCUCCACCCAUUUUGUUUGUUUUUUAAAAAAUAUUUUUAUUUGGUUGUACAUACUGAAAAUUAUAAUCACAUCACAACAUAUCCACAGUUAAACGAUUCCUCCGAAACUCUGGACUUCCCACCUUCCCCUCCAUGGAUUCUGUUGUUAAACCUUUUCUGCUGCAUCUUUUUUCAAUAAUCCAAAUUUUUUAUAACUCCACUAUGUCCAUAUUUCUUGUUACAUUACAAGUGUUGUUGCAGUAUGCUAGUGUUUUCAUCUGCUUACAGUGGUCUUUAGGGUAAAUUAUAAUUUUUUCCCAUUCCUUAUUAAAGUUUUGGUCUUCCUGGUUCCCGAGCUUUCCGGUCAGUUUUGCCAUCUUGGCAUAGUCCAUCAACUUAAUUUGCCAUUCUUCUCUGGUAGGGACUUUAUCUUCCUUUCAUUUCUGGGCUAAUAACAUCCAUGAAGCUAUCGUCGCAUACAUAAAAAGUCUUUUCUGCUCUCUUGGAAUUUCAGCACUUACAAUUCCGAAUAAAAAAGCCUCUAUGUUGUUGUUUUAUAAAAGUUAUUUUAAACAUUUUUUUCCAAUAAUAAUAAUAAUCAGGUAGUUGUUUAUCUCUUUGACAUCUGAUGGGAGGGUGUUCCACAGGGUGGGCACCACUACCAAGAAGGCCCUCUGCCUGGUUCCCUGUAGCUUUGCUUCUCACAAUGAGGGAACCGCCAGAAGGCCCUCGGCGCUGGACCUCAGUGUCCGGGCAGAACGGCCAAGGCCGUUUAGGGCUUUAAAGGUCAACACCAACACUUUGAAUUGUGCUCGGAAACGUACUGGGAGCCAAUGUAGGUCUUUCAAGACUAGUGUUAUGUGGUCUCAGCAGCCACUCCCAGUCACCAGUUUAGCUGCCGCAUUCUGGAUUAGUUGUAGUUUCCGGGUCACCUUCAAAGGUAGCCCCACGUAGAGCGCAUUGCAGUAUGAAUUGUGCAUCGCAAUUCACUAUAUAUCAUUUCCCAGAAUGCUUUUACACAUCCACCACAUAUGCUAAAAGGUGCCUUCUUUUUCUUUACAUUUCCCGCAGAUAUUUGUAGUCUUAGUCUUAGACAUUUUUGCUAACUUACUAGGAGUUAGAUACCAACGGUACAUCAUUUUCAUAUAAUUUUCUUUCAACGUACAGCAUGCCGAGAAUUUUAAAUCAGCUUUCCAUAACCUCUCCCAAGAUGAGAGUUGGAUAUUAUGCCCCAAAUCCCUCACAUUGCUCGGCCUAUUUUGACCCCUGACCCUGCCCACUGCCACCAUAUGGUCCCCAGAAGCUUGCCCAGAAGGGAAUGUGGACCCCAGCCUGUCAGAAGGUCCCCCACCCCUGUUUCAAGGGUGAGAGUUGGAGAGGAGAGAGAGUUUGUCCCCCGCUUUGCCCCACUUUCUAUCCCUGAGAGCUUUCAUGAGGUAAAACUCUUGACGGGACUUUCUGGCUUAUUGGGCUGAGGCUGAAGAGAUUUUCUCUCUCCCAAUGCAGUGUCCUGACUCUCUGUUGAUGCCACAUGGUGUCAGAAGUGGGAUAUGGCUUGGGGAGGGGCGUGGCCAGGGAAAAGUCUUGAAUGGCCAGGCAGAGAGGCCUGGAGGACCACAUUCUGCCCUCCAGGGCCUGGAGGUUCCCCACUCAGAAACAAUAAUUCCCCCCAUAAACAGUCGGAGAGUAUGUUGUGGCGGGGAAGGAGUUAACGUUGCCUGGAAUGGCAAUAUGUCCAAGGGGGAAAAGGCAGAUGGGAUGGGGAGCCUGGCUGGUUCUCUAAGGGGGGAAGGAAAGACCAGGUCACAGGCAAGGAAUCACAGCAGCCACAAAACACCCAAUCACUGCAGCUGGGAGUGACUUUUUUGGGGAGGGGAAUAUUUUUUAUUUCAUUUUAUGAUGUACAGUGGUACCUCGUGUUAAGUACUUAAUUCAUUCCAGAGGUCCGUUUUUAACCUGAAACUGUUCUUAACCUGAAGCACCACUUUAGCUAAUGGGGCCUCCAGCUGCCGCUGUGCCGCCGGAGCACGAUUUCUGUUCUCAUUGUGAAGCAAAGUUCUUAACCUGAAGCACUAUUUCUGGGUUAGCAGAGUCUGUAACCUGAAGCGUAUAUAAUCUGAGGUACCACUGUACAUACGUAAGACAGAGAGAACAAUUAUAACAAGAGAUGAAAAUCUAAAGACCAAACCCCAAAAAUAUGCACGUAUAAUAAGUGCAGUUUCAACAUGGGUUAAGUAAUGGAGUCUGAGCAAUUAAAGAAUAAAGAAGGAAUAUUUGUGCUAAUAUUGAGUACAGUUCCAGAUUUUCCAGACUUGCGACAGGGGCUGCCUUGAAAACGGCAGUUGCACUCUAUAUGUGAUAAAGCAGUCAUAUUUUAAAAGCGUCUGGAGGUUCCAGACCUUGUUGAAAUCUAAAAUUAUGCGUCAUUUUCUCCAUUAUCACUAUAUCCCAAAGCCAGUGUUGCUGGGAACAAUUUGACCCAGGCAGACCACUUUGCAACAGCAAUGAUGAAAGAUUGUAUUACAUUUAAUGCAUGAAUUGAGGCAACCGGGAACCUCAGAUGGUUGGAUAUAUUUUUUCCAAUCCCUAACAGAACUUUGGAUUGAGUGGGUGAGGGAAAAGGUUUGAUUUGAGGCCCAAAAUCCAAUGUGCAAAAUUUAAGAUUCGUUGCUCAAACAGGUCAAAGGCCCUGCGCAUGUUUAGUCCGAUGUAAGCCCCUUUGAUCUCAACAGCUCUUACUCCCUAGUAAGAUUAGAGCCUACAUGUAAUUUUUUCUUUAUGUUCUGCUUCAUUAAUUCUCUUAUGAUUAUGAUUAUUUGCAAAAUCUUUUUUUAUUAAGUUUUACGUUACAAAUUUAAAUUCAAGCAUUAAACACCAACAUCGUCAUUUAGGAUUCCCUGAAUCCUCCGCCCUUCCAUGAUUACUAUUAUCCAUCUUUUUUCAACUACUUCACUUAUUUUCUGUUUUUCUUAAAUAACCCAUCUUUACCUUAGUUUUUACUACAUUACAAGCGUUACUCAACUGCUGCCAAAGUUUUUAGUUGUUUACAGUGUUCUCGGAGACACAUUGUAAAUUUUCCCCAUUCCUUCUUAAAGUUCUUCUCUUCCUGGUUUCUGAUUUUCCCAGUCAAUUUCGCCCUUUCUGCCCCAUUAAUUCUCAUCCUGUGCCUGUUCUAGGUCCUCGUCCCAUCGCUCCGGAUUUAGAAGGAGACCUUCUCUUCCUCCUGGACAGCUCUGGUAGCGUCUCCUACUACGAAUUCUCCCGGGUCAAGGAGUUCAUUGCGGACCUCCUCAGGCCAUUUGCCUUCGGCCCACACGAUGUCCAGACUGGGGUUGUCCACAUCAGCACCACGCCCACGAUGGAGUUCCCCUUUGACCGCUACCUCUCCACCGGGGCGGUCCAGCAUGCCAUUCGCAGCAUCCAACAGGUGAUGGGCGAUACCAACACAGGCAAAGCCCUCUCCUUCGCCAAAGACAUGCUUUUCAGUGGGAAGGCCGGAGCGCGGGCUGAUGUCCCCAAGGUGAUGGUGUGGGUGACCGACGGCUUCUCUACAGACGACAUCUCCCAGCCAAUGCAGCUCCUGAAGGACAUGGGGGUCACGGUUUUCAUCGUUAGCACCGGGCGUGGGAACUACUUGGAGCUGUCCGCUGCUGCCAGCCAACCUCCGGAGAAACACCUGCAUUUUGUGGACGUGGACGACCUGACCAUCAUUACCAAGGAGCUGAGAGACUCCAUUGCAGGUAAUUGGGUAGCGUGUCAAAACAAACAAAUGCCUGGCCAGAUCAGAACUAGAUCUGUUGGGUCUUGUCUCUGGCCUGCCCAAGUCCCAGAAUGCAGUUCGGCGGAAGUCCCAGUGGGUACAUUAAAUUGACACAUACACAAAGCCUACUAUAAUACAUAAAAGGUAAAAAGGUAAAGGACCCCUGGACGGAUAAGUCCAGUCAAAGGUGACUAUGGGGUUCAUCUCGCUUUCAGGCUGAGGGAGCUGGCGUUUGUCCACAGACAGCUUUCCGGGUCAUGUGACCAGCAUAACUAAACCGCUUCUGGCACAAUGGGACACCAUAAUGGAAGCCAGAACACACAGAAAUGUCGUUUACCUUCCCACCGUUUACCUUCCCACCGCAGCGGUACCUAUUUAUCUACUUGCACAGGUGUGCUUUCAAACUGCUAGGUUGGCAGGAAUGGGACACAGCAACAGGAGCUCACCCCGUCGCGGGGAUUCGAACCACCGCCCUUCCAAUCGGCAAGCCCAAGAAGCUCAUCAGUUUAGACCACAGCGCCAUCCGGCUGCCUUGGCCUGAAAGCAAGAUGAGCGCUGUAACCCCAUAGUCGCCUUUGACUGGACUUAACCGUCCAGUCCUUUACCUUUUUUUACCUUGUAAUACCUAACUAUGAAUUAAGAAUGACUCUCUCAAUUUCAUUCCUGCAGUUCUGCUUUGAGAGUGGAAUCCCAUUCAUGUCAUCUACUUAGAGGUAAAUUCCACAGGGUUAUCUUCAGUUAAGUCCAACUCAGAGCAGACCCAUUGAAACAGAUGAACCUAAGUUAGUCAUGUCCAUUAACAUCAAUGGGCCUACUCUGAGCAGGAUCAGCAUCCGCUAUACCCCAUAGUUUCCAAACUGUGGGUUGUAUCCAGUGCUAGACCCAUUGGAAUGCCUGAGUUAGGCCACAUUCACACCAUACUAUUACAGUGGUACCUUCUUAACCUGAAACUGUUCUUAACCUGAGGUACCACUUUAGCUAAUGGGCCUCCCGCUGCCGCCGCGCCACCGCCACACGAUUUCUGUUCUCAUUCUGAAGCAAAGUUCUUAACCUGAGGUACUGUUUCUGGGUUAGCAGAGUCUGCAACCUGAAGCUUCUGUAACCUGAAGCGUCUGUAACCCAAGCUACCACUGUAUGCCACUCUAAACAGUUAUCUGCAUCAUAAUCAUUUGUACCCUGCUUAUCUGACUGGGUUGCCCCAGCCACUUUGGGUGGCUUCCAACAUAUGGCUUCCCCCAAAGGAUUCUGGGAGCUGUCAUUUGUUAAGGGGUGAGGAGAGCUGUUAAGAGACCCCUUUCCCUCCCCUCCCAGAGCUACAAUUCCCAGAGUUCCUAGGGGGAAAGGAAGGACUGUUAAACCGCUCAGGAAAUUCCAAUGGAAGCAAAAGCAGGGUUGGAAAUGGCCAGUGUUUGUGUAUCUGCGCCAUGCCCAGAAUGGAAAUAAAUUCAACAAACAUGAUCAGCGAUCAAUCUUGUCAUUGCUUUUAGUCCGCAAACAAGGCACCCACCCACAAUUUGAAUUACACGUCCUUUGCUUCAAAAUGAAUGGGGCAGAAUAGCAUGACAGUGUCGCUUACAUGAUCCGUUACUUGAGUUACAUGAUUUCAGCACAGCAGAUGAUGAGAGGAAUAACCUAACUUUUGGCAGAAGACAAAUUGCAGCAGAAUGGAAACUGGGCGCCUAGCGCAGGGCAGAACAGGAAAACGAUGCCUUCUUAAAUCUCUCUCUCUUAAGAGGUCCAUCUUUCGAGAAGGGAAUCCAGCGCGCUCCAGAUCACAAGCCUCGUUCCCCAAGCAAAGGCCGAAACCCCUUGAUCCAGCUUGCUUGCAUGUCUAUUACCCACAAGGCACCUCCUUGCUCCUUUAUUGCUUUCACUCUGGACAUUUUCCCUGCAGCUGCAGGCAGUUCUUGGGGCUGCUAAUGGUUUGGAAACUCACGAGGGUUACCAUGGAGCUGGGAAAGCUUCCACCCAUUCCUUGGCACCUUUGUGCUCCUUAAUCUUAGGGGAUGGUUUUUAUUUCAUGUAUUUUUAUUAUUUUUUAAAGUCCCUUCUGCAGCUAAAGUCUUUCCUCAGCCUUGUUUUGCUCCACAGCUCUGGCACAAAUUCAUUUUGCCAGGAAUAAUAAUAAUAAUAAUAAUAAUAAUAAUAAUAAUAAUAUUUUUAUACCCUUCCCAUCUGGUUAGGUUUCCACAGCCACUCUGAGCGGCUCCCAACAGAAUAUUAAUAAUGAUGAUGAUGAUGAUGAUGAUAAAACAACAAAACAUCAAACAUUAAAAACUUCCCUAUACAGGGCUGCCUUCAGAUGUCUUCUAAAAGCAAGGUAGUUGUUUAUUUCCUUGACAUCUGGUGGGAGGGCGUUCCACAGGGUGGGUGCCACCACCGAGAAGGCCCUCUGCCUGGUUCCCUGUAACUUCGCUUCUAGCUGUGAGGGAACUGCUAGAAGGCCCUUGGCACUGGACCUCAGUGUCUGGGCUGAAUGAUGGGGGUGGAGACUCUCCUUCAGGUAUACUGGGCCGAGGCCGUUUAGGGCAUUAAAGGUCAGCACCAACACUUUGAAUUGUGCUCAGAAACAUACUGGGAGCCAAUGUAGGUCUUUCAAGACCGGUGUUAUAUGGUCUCAGCAGCCACUCCCAGUCAGCAGCCCAACUGACUUUGAAGGACACCUUCAAAGGUAGCCCUAAAUAGAGCACAUUGCAGUAGUCCAAGCGGGAGAUAACCAGAGCAUGCACCACUCUGGCAAGACAGUGCGCAGGCAAGUAGGGUCUCAGCCAGCGUACCAGAUGGAGCUGGUAGACAGCUGCCCUGGACACAGAAUUGACCUGCACCUCCAAGGACAGCUAUGAGUCAGUCAUGGCCCAAUUGGGGCCCGCUAAUCUUUGCCUCUCCAGCCAUGUUGCUGGAUGAUGAUGUCACUGGGUGAUGACAGCCAAUGUGACGUCAGCUGAUGGGCAGGGCUCACUCCUCCUUGACCAGCAAGUUUGGACUCUCCACUUGUCAACUGGGGAGUGGAGGGUCUAAAUCCUGUGGGAAAAGCACUUGGGAGUUAGACUCCUCCAUCCAUCCCUUGGGUCAAGUCUAACAGAUGAGCAGGAGCGCCCACUGAUCAGUCAGUCAGCUGACAUCAUGUGGCCCUCCAAGUUUCCCUCUCUGGCCCUCAGAACUGUACCCAAGCCACACACCCUUCCCCUCGGCUCCCCACACCCUCCCUGCCCCACACCUCCAGUAUGGCUUUCAUGAGCGUCCCAGAACUCUGCUCCUUCUUGCUUUCAAAGCACUUAAAAACCGUUCGAGAUUUAAACGUCUCUCAGCAGUGUACAGCAUAAAAAGAAGGAACGGCGUCGUUAACACAGAAUGACAGUAAAAAUACCAGCAAAGUAAAAUCAUGCAAGAAUAAAAUGAAUUGGAAUUUAAAAGGAUAAAAAUAUAUAUAUCUUGCUUGUUUGAAUGUAGAAUAGAGACGGGGGGGGGGGGACUGUUAGUCUGUAUGAAAAGCAGCUUAGUGCCCAAAGGUAAUAAUCAGAUUUGUUGCUCCCCCCCGCUCCCCCUUGGAUGGAGAAAGGUUCCAGGAAACUGUUCUCUGUCCAUUCAACCACUCUGUUCAAGGAAGGUCAGGCCUUGGGAGGUUAACAAUCUCCACUGCCAUGGAAACCUCUGUGGCCCUUGACUCAUUUGCAGCACAUGGCUGCGGCCUUCAGAGCAAUGGGGGGGCUUCCAUUUUUCACCCCAAGGCCAUUCCCCAUCUUGCACCCACUGACACCCAUCAGGACUCCUCUGAGCAGAUAAAGCCGUCCUCGCCAAGCUGGUGCCCUCCAAUGUCUGGUCUCCCAAACCCGCUGGAGGGCACCAGGUCGGCAAAGGCUGCUGCAAAGCCACAGAUCAGAACGAUGACCAGCUUCUGAGCUGUGGGGCUGGGAGGGCGUCCGAACCACCCAGGCUUGGCUGCCCAGGAGGACGCCCAGAAGUUGCACUAUGAUAUCAUAGGAGGCCUUUUUUUCAAAGGCCCCCUUUGUCGAGAGGCACAAGGCUGGCAUUGUUCCGUCAAGCUGGGCUGGUUUCUCCUUGAAUUCCCCGCAUCUGCCAGCAGCUGGUUGGCAUUGCCCGCAGGGCUGGCUCAGCUCAAGCCAAAGCAAUGCUUCCUGGCUGCCCAUCCCUCCCUGCCCCGCCUCCGUGGACUCCCUUAACCUGGAAGAGGCAGAAAAGAAGAAUUCUCCUCGGCUGCACGUGAUCUGCGCAAAGCAGAAAGGGCAGCUUGUGCUUUUCAGAGAUAGACACACCACAGGAUUUUGGCCUUGGAUUUCGGAGAGCACAACCAGUUUGCCCGUACUGGGUGCUGAGCUGAGAUGGUGCCGCAACCAUGACAACAACGGAAGGCGAGAGGCAGGAGGCACCAAAUUCUGGCAUCGCACAGCGAGCUGCUGAAAUUUUCAAGCCCAAACUCCAUCACUGCUUCCAUUCCAGGGUGCAAGAUUCCCCCAAUACUUUCUGUUCUCUGUUUGCUGUCCCACAGGUGCAAAGAAAGAGAGGGAAUGACAGGGCAGGCAUAGAAUUCUGAGGGUUGUUGAACUCACAGGCUGAGAUAUUAUUAUUUUGAGAUCUGGGCAGUAGUGCCCUUUGGGGCUGGUAGGACGGAAAGCAGGGAGCAUGACAGUAGGUGGCGCCAGAGCCACUAAAAGGCAGUGCCUACUGGUUCUAGUGUUGUCCCUCUCAUCCUCUUCCCUGCUGAGUUCCACAAGGGGCAACACUGAGACUGGACAACCUCUUGGACUGGUUGUAAGAAGGCAGGCAGGUGGGGGCUGGCUUGGUGGUGCAGAACCUUUAAUAAUAAUAAUAAAAUAAAAUUUUAUUUAUGGCCCGCCCGCCCCAGCCAAAGCCGGGCUAAGAGCGGCUAACAACAGUAAAAGUAACACAGUUUACAGAAAAUCACAAUCAAUUAAAAUACAUUAUAAAAUCAGCCUGAGGGCCACAUCUCCUUCCAGGGGCCACAUGCCAGUGUGCGGAGGGCCAGAGGCAAAAGUGGGCGAAGCAACCAAUAUUGCAGCUGUCAGUCUAUCUGAACAACUGUGAACGAGGUGCCCUUGACACUGUAUUAGAUCAGAUCCAUGCCAUAGAUUAAUUGAAAGCAUGAACUAGAAUACAAAAAAGGGAGGUGUGAGGAGGUCAAGGAAAUAAGCAAAUGAAAGAUAAGUUAUGGGAAGAUUUAUUGUAUUUUUUCUUUUUUUUCUUUUUUUUCUUGUUUCUUUUCUUUUUAUUAUCGUGAUGUGAUGUUUUGUAUUUCUUAAAUAUGCUGUUUUUUAAUUAUUUCUUUUUGUAACCCUUUAAAAUUCAAUAAAUAUUACUUUAAAAAAAAUAGAUUAAUUGAAAGCAUGUGGCUUCUCCCAAAGACUCCUGGGAACUGGAUUCUGGGGAUUGGAGCUCCAGGCAUUUGCAGGUUUCUAAAGGAGCCAUGGGACGUGGGUGGCGCUGUGGGUUAAACCAAUGAGCCUAGGGCUUGCUGACCAGAAGGUCGGCGGUUCAAAUCCCUGUGACCUCCCAUUGCUCGGUCCCUGCUCCUGCCAACCUAGCAGUUCGAAAGCAUGUCAAAGUGCAAGUAGAUAAAUAGGUACCACUCCAGCGGGAAGGUAAACGGCGUCUCCGUGCGCUGCUCUGGUUCGCCUCGACCAGUAAAGUGAGAGGAGCGCCACAACCCCAGAGUCGAUCACGACUGGACCUAAUGGUCAGGGGUCCCUUUACCUUUUUAAAGGAGCCAUUUCCUCAGUUUGUGAAGACUGGCUGCAAGCAGGCCGCUCACGUUGUGUCCGGGGCGCCUGCCAAGGUUUGAUCACCAAGUUGACAGGGAGGCAGGGCGUGUGUCAUGCCAAGAAUGAGGUGCAGUAGGAAAGCACGGUCUGAGGUUCACAUGCCAAUCGCACGCUUGACAACCUGGAUUCCACACACACACACCCAUCACACUUGUAGCUGCUUCUUCUCAGGCUGAGUGAUGUCACCUUUCUUCCCUGGGGCUGUCUGUGUCUGCAGCAACAGACCCGGCCGAGCGAGCACAGACAGCAACGGUGUAAUCUCUGUUCCCCUUCCUUUUAUAGCAGGGGAGCCCCCUUCAUCCUGAGAGCCACCUUCAUUUCUGGGCAACCUUCUGUGGGGGGCGGGGGAUGCCAGGGGUGGGUGUGGCCAGAGGCCAAAGUGGGCGGAGCAAGAAAUGCAAAUGUGGGUUUUAAAAACAUGCUAAACUACCAUAUUUUCCGCUCUAUAAGACGCACCAGACCACAAGACGCACCUAGUUUUUGGAGGAGGAAAACAAGAAAAAAAAUAUUCUGAAUCUCAGAAGCCAGAACAGCAAGAGGGAUCGCUGCGCAGUAAAAGCAGCAAUCCCUCUUGCUGUUCUGGCUUCUGGGAUAGGUGCGCAGCCUGCAUUCGCUCCAUAAGAUGCACACACAUUUCCCCUUACUUUUUAGGAGGGAAAAAGUGAGUCUUAUCGAGCAAAAAAUACGGUAGUUUCUACACACGCGGUCCUUCACUCCUCCUCAUUCUUCAGCCAGGCAAGCGAUGGACAUGAUCAGAGUUCCAGCCAGGAGAAAACACUCAAGGAAGUUGCAAAGCAUGUCUGGUGAGGGGGCGUGGCCUGGGGAGAAAAUGGGUGUGGCUGGCGAGGGGGUGUGGCCUGGGAAAGGGGUGUGGCCUGGAGAGAGGGGUUUGGCUGGUGAGGAGGCAUGGCCUGGGUCAAUAUUAACUCAGCGGCAAGAAGGAGGGAGACUAAAAGCCAAAUAGAAUCUCGAGAAGAAAAUGCCUUAGAGUUCGGUUUUUAAAGAGAUGCUUUGGAAACAGCUCCUUCAAGGGGGGGAGAGCUGCUUACCAGUUCAAAGAGGAGAAACGGCACAAGAAAGCUUUAAGACAAUGAGGGUUUGAAGCAGAAAGAGCGAGGACGCUAUCAGGCAGAGGUGGUGAGCCUCAGUCUGAAGGGCCAAACCGGCCAUCGGGACUCUCCCCAAGCCACACUCUUCACUGACCUGGCUCAGCAACCUCCUUGGGUGUUUUCACUUAGCUGGAAUGUGUGCUUGAACUCUGAUCAUGCCUCUUGCUUGUCUGGACAGAGGAUAGAGAAGGGUGUGUUUAGAAAAUAGCCUGUUAAAAACUUACAUUCAUUGCUCCGCCACCUAUUGCCUCUGGCCCCAUCCACCACUUUCACACUUUUCAGUGCAAUUCCCUGACACAUUCCUUCCAAAAAAAAAAGGCAAUUCCCCUCCACACCCAAAGCAUUUUUUUAUUUUUAUCUUUUUUGCACAAGAGCACCAAACCCACUUUAACUGAGCACCCUGCAUUUAUUUGCCUGUAGGCAGUUGACUCUCAUCUGCAAAGUAACCACAAUGUGGGUGUACCCAUGCUGCAGAUGGGAGGACUGAGGCUAAGAGAGAGGAGAGGGACAGGGAGAAUUUAUGCAUCGCCUACAGCUAGCUAGGAAGCAAUUAAGUUCCGGUUUCCAAAUCUCAGCUACGGAAAUGAAUGAAGCUUUCAACGUUCUCAGGUUUGUCAGAGGGCUUGCAUCUGUCUGGACGCUUUGGGCGGGGAGCGACGUGAUCCUGCGCGGUUCUAGCAACCUGGCGGCCCUCUGGGGUAAUGUCUGUACAGUUUCAAGGCCUGCCGAGCGUGCUGGAGAGAUUUCCGUGCCUUGGCAGGACCUGGCUUGGGAUGGGCUGGAGCCUGUCUCUGUACAGUAGCGAGCAGAAAACUGGCCAGGCCAAACGCAAGGAGCUCACACGCCCCUGGCCUGCCUAGUGCCUGAUUAUUAUUUUUUUUAACUGAAGGCAAAGCAGGCUUAAAGCUUCCUCCAGACCCGCAGCAAGCCCCUUCCUCCCUCUUAUCGAUUUCCCUCUUUCACUGACAGCCAUCAACAGGCCUGCUUAGCAGCUUGGCAGCUAAGGGCGGGGGGGUGAACAGAAUAUGUCCUUUAAGGGGCACCAUAGGGCAGGAGUUUGAAGCAUGAAACUGGGUCCCCAUUCAGCAGAAUAAGAAAGACGUCCCACCUGCCACUAUGGCAGGGCUGCCUUACAAUGUAUGGCGUAAUAAACAUUGCUUUGUUGUAUCCAGUGCUAGACCUUCCCAAAGUAGACCCAUUGAAGUGAAUGGGCAUGCCUAACAGAGGUCCAUUCAUUUGAAUGGGUCUACACGGAAUGAAACAUCCCAUCGCCACCUAAAACAGGGGUGAGGGACCUUUUUCACCCCCGCGGAUCAGGUCCUUUUCUCUCCCACCCCACCUCUCGAGGGCCGAGUGUCACUGGUGGGCUGGGCUGCCCACCUGUCAAUCAGCUGGUGUUGCACUGAUGUCAGCCAACCUUUUCGGCACAUUAAAGUCUGGUUUGCUGGCCUCUCCUGGUGUCGCACUCAUAACCAGGAAGGGAUUUAACCUGAGGGUUAAUCAAGGUCUUGCUUGGGUCUGCAGGGAGAUGUUCAUGCAAUUGAAUAGGAGCCAAGGAUGAACAUCUGGCCGUUCACUCUAGGAGUUGGGAACAUCUAACCCUCCAGAUGUUGCUGAGCUGCUGUUCCCCAUCGCCCCCUGCUAGCAUGGUCCAAGGCCAGAGGGAUGCUGGGAGUUGGAGUCCAGGAAAAUCUGGAGGACCACUGGCUCCCCAACACAGUGUGGUGUAGUGUAGUGUAGUGGUUAAGAGCGGUGGACUUGUAAUCUGGUGAACCGGGUUUGAUUCCCUGCUCCUCCACAUGCAGCUGCUGGGUGACCUUGGGCUAGUCACACUUCUCUGAAGUCUCUCAGCCCCACUCACCUCACAGAGUGUUUGUUGUGGGGGAGGAAGGGAAAGGAGAUUGUUAGCCACUUUGAAACUCGUUCGGGUAGUGAUAAAGCGGGAUAUCAAAUCCAAACUCCUCCUCCUUUUCAAACCUAUCCUAGACCCAAGAUUGAAAUGCAGUGAUUUAAGAGUAGCCCACAGCCCCAAGAAUAGUCCCUAAAAUCCAAUUCUCGGGCCCAAGCUUGAGAUCUGCAAAGCCUGCCUCCUGGAAUAUCCCCAGGCGUUUAUUUAUUUUUAUUUCAUUUGUUGAAUUUGUAUAUUAGGCAUUCUCUCCCUAAUAAGAAGGGAAGACCCACCAAUUUCUAACCUUCAAAUUGCUCACACUAAUGUAGAUGAUGUUGUCUCUGCUUCCACCUGCUGGUCUUGGGGAAGAGAUGCAGAGAGCAGAAACAUACUUGGGGGGGGAUGGGGCAUGUUUGACUCACCUGAGCCUCUCCUCCUCCUUAAUAAGUACUUUUAAUCUAAACAUAAUAUCAAGUUGUGGGGUGGUCUGCAACACUAGUCCUAUUCAGAGCAGACCUACUGAAGUUCAUUGCUAUAUCAGGGUCUGGAAAUGUAAUCGAAUUGGUUUCUUUAAUGCAGUGGGUCUCCAAUAUUUUUUUCUCUGGGUCACACUUUAAGAAUAAAAAUUUGCUAACGCCACACCAACGUUUUUAUUGAUAAGAAAUACGUUGGAAAACCUAAAGAAACAACCCCCAGCAGUGCUUGAUUUAUAACAGAAUACAACUACAGUACUUUACAAUAUGAUCAUGGGACAUUGAUAAAGUAUAAAGCAAUGCAGUUACAUAAGAACACAAAUCAUUCCCAAAAUAUUAUAAGCAAAGCCUCUUACAUGUGCACUUUAGUAUGUCUGCAAACUCAAGGAGAUGUGUGAGCUUGAUUUUGCUGGGUAAUUUCAUUUAUAUUAGGUCUAAUUUGAGACAAACUCAUCUCCUCAUCAACACAAGGAAACCUUUCUCUUUUCUGAUCUUAAUAAUAGUAGUAAUAAGUAUAAUAAUUUAUUAAUUGCAUGCCACCCACCUGACUGUUGCCCCAGGCGGCUCCCAACAAAUUAUAAACCAAAGUAAAACAUCAAACCUUGAAAACUUCCCUAUACAGAGCUGCCUUCAGAAGUCUUCUAAAAGUCAGAUAGUUGCUUAUUUCCUUGAUACCUGUCAGUUUGAAAAUCCCUGUUCGCAACAAUAUAUCAUGGAAAACUGCAGAAGAAUAGCCAAUGUGUGGGUGCUGUUUCUGGUUGUAAAUGCAAACAAGAUUAUUUUGAUACUAUAGUAUCAGUGUAGUAACCCUGAAAUGUUUAAAAGUUUCUUUGAUUGUCCUUCAAUUUUUCCACCACACUUUCCAUCCUCUCCUUUGAGAACCACUGGUUUAAUGGCACAGUUAAUUGGUUGAACAAAUGGUGGCUGAGAGGAGCAAGUCGGUUUUCUUUUGCCUAGUUGUCUAAUCAUAUUAUUUCAAUACUCUCUUGUUGAUUUUCAUUUGUCACAUUUUACAGCUUGUUUUGAGGCUGUUUUCUUUCCUUGUUUGCCAUGAAUUUCCCUUGCUUUUGCAGCCGAUUCUUACAUGCAAUGUUUCUUUUCGUACAAAAGAAGAUGCUGUACUUAAUUGUGCUUCACGAAAUGUAGAAACCAUCUGAUAUUUUUGGAUGUUUGCUGUUUAUUUAAGAUACCUUAGCCUAUGUUGCAAACUGCUCAGAGUUUUGUUUAAACAGAAGCAGUGUGUAAAUCGUCUAGAUAGGCAAAUACAGUGGUACCUCAGGUUAAGAACUUAAUUCGUUCCGGAGCUCCAUUCUUAACCUGAAACUGUUCUUAACCUGAAGCACCACUUUAGCUAAUGGGGCCUCCUGCUGCCACUGCACAAUUUCUGUUCUCAUCCUGAAGCACAGUUCUUAACCCGAGGUACUAUUUCUGGGUUAGCUGAGUCUGUAACCUGAAGCGUAUGUAACCUGAAGCAUAUGUAACCCGAGGUACCACUGUAAAUCAUUUCAUGGACAUGUCUAACCCAGAGAAACUGGAAUGGAUAUAUUCACCCUUCCCUACCUAAGGAAAAAACAUCGAUCAAUGAAUCACUGUGCCUUUCUACACUCCAGGUGUCAUCCAGGCCAAGCGUCUACGUGCGACCGAUAUCUCAACAAGCAGUUUCCGCCUCAUUUGGCCCAAGUUUUUGACACGGGAGACGGGUUAUUAUGUCCUGGAGUACGCCCCGACCGGAGACCCCAGGCGGAAACUGACCAAGCAGCUGACAGGCGACCACACCAGCUUCCUGGUGAGCAACCUGGUGCCCCAAACCACGUACGAGGUUGCCCUCAUUCCCGAGUCCAACGAGAGAUACAUGCCACCCCAAACCACCAGGGUCACCACCUUGGAAGGUAAGACAAAGAAGGUCUGGAGGGGGCGGGCACAAUGGAAAGCCAUCCUAACUGAGCCAGUGGCCAACUGAGAGGCAGAAGUUCUCUGGCCAUUCUUUUUGGUCCAGCUCUCACUUCCAUACAUCACUACUGGGAAAACCAUAGCUUUAACUCUGAAUAAAGAGUAAUGAAUAAAAUAAAUUGUCAGAGUUCAAGGGUACAUUCUAGCCAGGUAAAAAUUCUCAAGUAGGGGCAAAAGAGAAUCAGUGAGGGGUGUGCGGUCUGGGGAGAUUUUCAAGCGCUACUCAGAGAAGCCUGUUGGACACAUUUGGCUUCCAGGCAUGAGGUUUCCUCCUGCCCCAAAACUAGAUGGUCACAUUAUCUGAUGGGACAUAAGGCCCUUCCAAUGUUCCUGUGGAAUUUUUUAAAAAAUAGCUUCAAUUCAUCCUUCCCCAAGGUUUGCUGACCCACGCAAUAGAUACGGAAGCGAUUGGUAAUGUUUUCCUUUCAUUCACUGCAAUGACAGCUCCAGGAUUUUAAGGGCCGAGAAAUAAUUACCUCUGCUUCUACCGGGAUAAGCAAGUUUUCACGUCAGGCACCUAAUUCUUGCCAUUGGUGAAACUCCUCUCAGUAGGGGGAAAAACCCAGGAAGCAGAUGGUGAGAUGAGGUUUGGCACGGCUCAGUCUCUGCAUUGUGUUGGAAACUGCUCUUAAGGGGGUUAUUAUGGGAUGCUAGUGCCAUUCCACUUUGGAGCAGCUCUUACACUUUGUUCGCUUAUGUCACAGCUGGGAUAGAUAAAAGGAAGGACUUCUUCAUGCAGACAAGAGCCUAAGUAUGGAAUUUGCUACCAUGAGAGGCAGUGAAGGCCAAUAACUUUUGGAUGGCAUUAAAAGAGGGAUAGAGCAAUUCACGGAGGAGGAGGUGGCAGCCAGCCACAGUGGCUAUGAUCUGUCUCAACUUUCAUUUAUACCUAGUUUGGGAAAUAAGUUAAUAAUAAUAAUUUUAUUAAUCAUACCCCGCCUAUCUGGCUGGUUUUCCCCAGCCACUCUGGGGCAGCUUCCAACAUGUAUAAAAACAUAAUUAAACAUCAAACAUUGAAAACUUCCCAAUACAGGGCUGCCUUCAGGUGUCUUCUCAAAGUUAUGUCGUUCUUAAUCUCCUUGACAUCUGAUGGGAGGGCGUUCCACAGGGAGGGCACCACUACCAAGAAGGCAACUGCUGAAAAGUUGUCACAGGAACCCCAAUCUCAGGAGUCCUUGCUGCAGGUUCAUAUUCUACGCUGUCAUAGAUUCCCUGAAUUCUUCGCUCCUAGAAGCUGUCAGUAUGCAGCAGUGGCCACACCCCAGGAAAUGGCUUUGACUGGCCAGCCAAACCAGAUGAGGACACCCUAUGGGUCUCAAACUCAAGGCUUGGUGAGAUAGAGAUCUCACCUAUCUGAGAAGACAGGCUCUGGGGGAUUGAUCAGACAAGACCAAUAUUGGGUCCAACGGUCAAGAAGACGUUUUCUGCACAUGCUGUAGAGCAGCGGUUCUCAACGUGUGGGUCCCCCAGAUGUUGUUGGACUACAACUCCCAUCAUCCCUGAGCUCUGGCCUUGCUAGCUAGGCGUGAUGGGAGUUGUAGUUCAACAACAUCUGGGGACCCACAGGUUGAAAAAGGCUGCUGUAGAGGGAAGUGAGGGGCAGAUGGGGCUCAUCAACCUGGGAAGGGAGGCCAUCUAAGAGAAGGAAGACUCAGGUUCUAAACCUCCACUGCCUUUUGGGAUAUCUUUGGGAGAAUAAAAGGCUACGGAGUAAACCUUACACAAAUCCAGAGUGGAGUCCCUAAGAUGGUUGGAUGGAGCCUUGUAUUAUUAUUAUUAUUAUUAUUAUUAUUAUUAUUAUUAUUAUUUACUUAUACCUUGCCAAUCUGGCCGGGCCUCCCCAACCACUCUGGGUGGCUCGUUCCGCCCAGAGUGUAUACCUCAUUCCAGCCAAGCAGGUGUCAAAUGUAUUACUCUGCUUUCCUUUGGUCUACAUCACUGAGGCUGAGGGGGAGGGCUUGUUUUCUGGGCAGCCCAGGAGCCCCUUACACUGCCCAGGCUUGCGCCCUGCUGGGGUCACUUCAGUGCUGCUAAUGCAGGUUUUUCUUCACCCCCGGAGGCGCACUCCAUUGUCUCUCGAGACAAGACAGAUGCCGAGAACAAUAGGCAAGGAGUGGCCGAGGUCUUGAUCCCUCCUUCUGUUGUUGUUGUUUUUGUUGUUCCGAAUAAAAUCUUAUUCAAUUGAUACUACAGAUACGGCCAUGUUUGUCUUGCUCCCAUCUUAACUGAGGGAGUGUGUCAGAAGUUGCCUUGCACCAGAUCUGUCUGCGCCUGUCAGGCAUGGAGAGUCAUCCCCUCCCUUCGAUAACUUCACAGAUCAGAACUAACGAGCAGUUGAUAGGUUUAAAAAGGUAAAGGGACCCCUGACCAUUAGGUCCAGUCGUGACCGACUCUGGGGUUGCGGUGCUCAUCUCGCUUUAUUGGCUGAGGGAGCCGGCGUACAGCUUCCGGGUCAUGUGGCCAGCAUGACUAAGCCGCUUCUGGAAAAACACGAAAACGCCGUUUACCUUCCCGUCGGAGUGGUACCUAUUUAUCUACUUGCACUUUGACGUGCUUUCGAACUGCUAGGUUGGCAGGAGCAGGGACCGAGCAACGGGAGCUCACCCCGUCGCGGGGAUUCGAACUGCCGACCUUCUGAUUGGCAAGUCCUAGGCUCUGUGGUUUAACCCACAGCAGCACCCGUGUCCUUUUAUCGCAGCAUCAUGUUGCGAGCACAAAUACACAGCUCUCCACAAAGAGGGCAGUUGGCAGGUCUAAUCCUCCUUCCGUCUUCCGCAGCAUUUUAGGCGCCAAUGGGAAGUUCCUCCCUCCCUCUGACUCCUUUGCUCUAUGAUACGUUCGAACCACCGAGUCCGUGGUGAGUGGGGGGGGGGUCCCCCACACUCUCAAGAGACGUCUCAACUAGCUGCCCCCUCCCUUCUGGUUCUGUUGUCAUUAUCUCAUAACUGGGUAACUCCUCUCUUCUUCUUCUUAUUGUUAGAACGUUUAUUAAUUUUCCAAUAAAAGGCAUCCAAUUAACAUAUCAAAUCAUAAUCCAAUAAAAAUAAAAAUCUAAAUUAAAAAAGUUCCAAUUAUCUUCUGAAUUGUAAUUUUUAAUUUUACAACUUCCCACAGUCUGAACCUUAGAAUCAUAGAAUCAUAGAAUCAUAGAGUUGGAAGAGACCACAAGGGCCAUCAAGUCCAACCCCCUGCCAAGCAGGAAACACCAUCAGAGCACUCCUGACAUAUGGUUGUCAAGUCUCUGCUUAAAGACCUCCAAAGAAGGAGAUUCCACCACACUCCUUGGCAAUGUCCAAAUCUCAGUCCUGCCUCUCAUCGAUAUUUCCAUAUCUCAAUUUUAUCUCUCCAAACUUCUUUGUCUGCGAUCCUCAAUCAUGUCAGAAAUCAGAUAACCUUUCAUCCGUCGAGUGCAGAUUUGUUUGUGCAAUGUACCUUUUCAACUGUUGUCUGGGUGACUCCUCUCUAAGCUGUCCAGCUUCUGUCUCUCUCUCUCUCUGCUUCUGAAGACGCUGUGAACAAGGAGGGGGCGACUCUUCCCCCUCCAGCUCUCCAUCAGAAAGAAGCUGGUCUUCAUUCCCCAGUCCUCGUCUUCAGACCAUUCCCUGACGGUGCCCCCUUUCCAAUCUGUCUACCGUCUCUCCACAGAGCCCAUCAGCCCAGCAAGAGUCCUCAUCUCAGAUUCCAGGCCCCACAGCAUCCGGGUCAGCUGGGCCCCCACCCCGGACAGCGUGUCCUCCUACCAGGUCCUGUAUGGGCCCCUGCCUGGGAACGCAGUCAAGCUGGUGGAGGUCGAUGGGAGCCUCAACUCCACCAUCUUGGAUGACCUGACUGCCAACACCACCUACUUGGUGACUGUGUCUGCCAUUUAUAAAUCGGGCAAGGAGAAAGCUCUGUCGGCCAAGGCAUGCACGGCAGAAGGUGAGGAGGUACCCAUGCCCUCCACAGGGACAAAAUUUGGAGACAAGGGAGGAAGGGUAGUGCUGAUGAAUUAAACUGGUGGUACAGGUGCAUUUUCUACAUGCUCGGAGGCCCCAAACCAAAGAGAAUGUAUCUCAAGAUGCUGAAGAAAUGUGGAUUUUCCCCUUUCCAAAAUAGCCCAACGUGUUCCAUCUAAUAUGUGGCAGCCGAGGCCAUACAACAAUGGUCCUGAAAGGCCUACAUUGGCUCCCAGUAUGUUUCCAAGCACAAUUCAAAGUGCUCAUGCUGACCUUUAAAGCCCUAAACGGCCUCGGUCCUGUAUACCUGAAGGAGCAUCUCCACCUCCAUCGUUCUGCCCGGACACUGAGGUCCAGCUGCAAGAAGUGAGGUUACAGGGAACCAGGCAGAGGGCCUUCUCGGUAAUGGCGUCCACCCUGUGGAACGCCCUCCCAUCAGAUGUCAAGAAAAUAAACAACUAUCUGACUUUUAGAAGACAUCUGAAGGCAGCCCUGUUUAGGGAAGUUUUUAAAGUUUGAAUUUUUAUUGUGUUUUUAAUAUUCUGUUGGGAACCGCCCAGAGUGACUGGGGAAACUCAGCCAGACGGGUGGGAUAUAAAAAAAUUAAUAAUAAUUAAUUAUUGUUGGUGGUGAUGGUGGUGGUGGUAUUGACAGAUCUGCUUGUCUCACGGCAAAAUGGGCGUGGUUUAUGAGAAGGGGCAGAGCUUUGGGGACCAGGCUGCCAAUAGCAUAUAGUUAUUUCUGUUGACAUUUGCUGAUGGAAAUCCACUGUCUUUAUGCCCUGUUUCUUCCCACUGGGCAGAGAACUCCAGGAUAAAGCACCUGCGCUUCGAAGACUUGAGCCCCACCACCGUGAAGGCCUCGUGGGAGCCUGCCGACGGCAGCGUCCUGGGCUACCGGGUGAGGUGCCGGCGGCAGGCUGGUUCUUCGACGCUCCUCAGCGUCUCACCGCAGAUCCACAGUGUGCUGCUGUCGGACCUCGCGGAGGGCAGCACCAACAAAGUGUGCGUCAAGCCCGUGUACAGGAACCAGCAAGGGAAAGGCGUGUGCCGGAUGGUCCACAAGCAGCCGGGUAAGCUGUGGGGAGACUGCGACGCCCUCCAACGUGGAUGGCCUUGCCUGAGAAGGGGAUAAGAUGGGUGCAUGGAGGAGAAGGCUGGCAGCAUCUACUAGUCGUGGAUGCCAUUGUUGGAGGCAGUUAUGCCUCUGAUCACCCUUGACUGAGGAGUCACGAUUUAUUCAUUUAUCCCAUAAAAUUCACAAACCCCAAUUUGCUUGGAACUUUGUGAUAUCAGUAUAUUAGGUUUGAUUUUGGUAUGGAGAUCUGCUCCUAUGUGCUUAGCUCUAGAGAUCCCCAUUGACUUAAUUUUGUUUGGCAUCUGUUACUAUACUUUGUUACACACAUACAGAGGUCUAGAUGUACGUACAUGUUUCACAAAGAGAACAAAACAAUAAAAUUAUCAGUAAAAUAAUAAUAAUAGUUUUAUUAUUUAUACCCCACCCAUAUGGCUGGGUUUACCCAGCCACUCUGGGAGGCUUCCAGCAUAUAUAAUAAAAUGUAAUAAAAUGUCAAGCAUUAAAAACUUCCUGGUACAGGGCUGCCUUCGGAUGUCUUCUAAAAGUUCUGUAGUUCUUUAUCUCCUUGACAUCCACAGGCAGGGUGCCACUGCCAAGCAGGCCCUAAAAACCAUAAAGCAAAAGAUAUAAUCAGCAAUGAACUAAAAACAGAUUAAAGAGUACAUCCGUAUUCUACAUAGUCUGCAUAGGUUGGUCUAAGCAAAAACGUUCUGGGCAGGCACUGAAAAGAGGACAAUGGAUGUGCCAACUUGGCGUCAAUAAGCAGGGAGUUCCAGAGUGUGGGGGCUAAAAGAUUGUUUUCUUACAAAAGUGGAAAAGGUAUUACGUGGCACUCGUGACGGUGACAGUUCCGCCUGUCUGCAUGGCAAAUGUCAGGGACCAUGGGCGUUGUAGCUUAACAUCUGGAGGGCUACCAGUUGCCUACUCCUGCAGGCCAGAAGAGCCAAACAACUACCUUUCUUUUUUCAUUUUACAAAAGGUGUUGGGCCUAAUCGCCUGCCGGUCUCUUUUGCUCGCCCCAGGCGAAAGGCCGAAUAGCCGUUUUGCAUGUUCAUCGACUGCCAGAACUAACCUCCUGCGCUUUCUCCCCCGUUUCCAGCUUCAGCAGUGGGAAGCUACAGGCACAGACAGAGAGCGUGAGCGUUAAAGAGACUCGAGGAGCACCUCUGCAGAGCAGAGGGAAAGACUGGAUAAGGAGGAAGGCUGGAGGAACCCGUACGAGGUGAUCGCCCUCCCAAGCCUGCUCAAGCCCCCCUGAAGCACACUAGCUCCCUCCCCCUGGCAGCCAUCUUGCCUACAAGUUCCGAAGCUCCGGUUUGGUGUUCAGAAAAAGGGCUCCACCUGGAAGAUGAGAUUCCGCUGCGGGGAUGAGCCAAAAAAAAGAGAUUGGGACUCAGAAUUCCUCUUUCCUUACUGUAUUCUAUUUAUUUGUGUUUUAGUAUGUGCUGUAGCUGGGGAAGAAUGUCACAGGACACCCAUCCCCUCCCCUUUAAGCCAACACUUGCUAUAUGAUGUGCUCCUUAACUGAUACAGCUGCAAUUCAGUCGGAGGCACGCAGUGUAGAGGUGUGAGGAAGAUAAAAAUGGAUUCCAUGGGGACCUAGUUAAGGCCAGAGUUAAUUAAGGAUGGGAGAAGGCAUCGUUUUCCAUUCCGCCCUGUAUUCAUUGCAAGCAGCACUGUUUCCCUUCUGCUGCGGUUGGCCUUCCUCCAAACUCUACAUCAUUCAUCUCGCUGUCUGCUCUGCCGAAAUUCCGCAACUUCCCUAUUUCACGUAAUUAAUCAUUACAUAUGUUACGUUGCCGUUACUUUAUCCCGCUCUGUGCAUUUCAGUGCAAUGGAAACACAAUGCAAAUGGGGGAAAUGUAAUCAAUUUCAUACAAUUUCCGGACUGAAAGCAGCAGCAACAGCGAAUGCCUGAUAGUAUUUGCGGGAUCGAUUUCCGUUCUGGCCACUGGACAGAUAAGAAGAUGUCAGGCCUCCAAGGCAGAUGUAAACCCUCAUAGCAUGUAUUCCAUAAGAGCUCUUUGGAGAGGACGACCUGGAUUUUCCCUGCAUCAAAAAAUGUCCCCUUCCUUAUUCUUUCUUGUAAGCCGGAAAGCGUUUCACUCUUUUGCACAACUCUUCCAUGUGUUGUUUUGCUAAUGUGGUAGAGAUUGCCUCUCUGUCUCCUUAUAAUGCAUCCCUUUGGAAGUCAGUGAAUUAAACAAGAGAACAAAUGACCUGUUUGAUUUGGAAGGCUUUUACAAUUGGGACCUAAGUGCCUGCUGGUUUCCCCCGCUAGCUUUCAAAUCCAGUAUUUUAGGGAAAAUAUAUUUUGGAAUAGCUUGGUCCAUGAAAAAUGAUUAGUCUAGGGCUCUUGGAUGGUGGCAGACAGGGGCAAGGAGAGAGAACAGGGUCAGCCCAGAUUACAGUAGAACCCCAGAUGAAUAAAUUGCUGCACUCUAGUGCCACCACUGCAGGUGGCCACAGGGUGGUAUUGCAGGUACUGAAUUAUUACGAUUAUGAUUUGGGUACAGUGGUAUCUCUUGUUGCGAACAGGAUCCAUUCCGGAGGCCCAUUCGCAACAUGAAAAGCCUGCAACCUGAAACGCCGUAUCUGUGCAGGUGUGUGGCGUGAUUUGGUGCUUGUGCACAUGCGCGAAGCGAGAUUUAGCACUACUGCACAUGCGCAAACAGCAAAACCCGGAAGUAACCCUUUCAGGCACUUCUGGGUCGCUGCGGGACGCAACCUGCAAAAACGUAACAUGAGGUAUGACUGUAUUUAUUACCCCUCCUUUGUCUAAGGUCCCGGGGCAGGUUACAGCAUUAAAACGCAAUAUUAAAAACCACUUUAAACAACUUACAAUCACAGAAAUAAGGUGGGUCCUAAAAAUAUACACCUCAGGUGACAAAAGCCAGGGUAAAGACGUGCAGCUUCAGCAUUUGCCAGGAGAUGUAUAAUGAAUGUUCAAUGGGGAGGGAGUUCCACAGGUUAGGAGCUGCCACUGAGAAGACCCUUUCCCAGACCAUGGACACCCCUGAGCCUCUGAGGGCAGAACUGCCAAGAGGGCCCCCUCCGCCCAUCUCAGCACCUGAGAGUCUACAGAAGUUGUUCUUUUAGAUAUUUAACAGGGAUCAGGUGAUACAAAGGAGCAGUAGUUCCAAUAGUCCUAUCAAGCUUCUGCUUUCAGCCUUGUUCUUCAGUGUGCUCAGACAGAGGCUGGACAGCUGGGCUAUCCUAUCUGCUCAGUCAUUUAUCUAAUGAGUGAUUUGCCCAUUUCCCUCUUCUGUGGUGUUACUACUUGCCUAGUAAGGGGCUGUGGGUACCUGUUUCUCUCCUGACCAUCCUCCUCCACCGGCUUCUCAGUGGAAUGGGUAUAAAAUAUAAGACAACUGGUCAGACUAUUUCAGGUCAUUAUUUUGUUUGCUCUUUCUUGGGCUGGAAGGUUCGUCAUCCAAGUCGCCUUUCCAGUGGUUCAGGAUGAGAUCAAUGCAUGUGAAAUCCCAGUGAAAUGGAGGACUGGCUUCUCAACUCGGCAAAUGAGGAGAGGGAACAACCACAAUUAUUCAACCAGAAAUCUCAACUUUGGAUGAAACUCGGCUGACCUGUUAGCCCUGAAAAUAAUUGACUUGCACAGUGCUGCUACAAAGACACCUUGGGGGAUCUCAAAAGGCACAUUAAAGGCUGGCUUGCUC